CUGGAAAAAAUCAGGAGCUAGAGUUUGAAUGGGUUUUAUAUAAACACUCACCCCUGUCAGCGUGCGGCUGGGCUCUCAGGAGAAACUCACUGCGCCUGGCCUGAUGCUUGUCUUGCCUUCUCUCCUUUGAACGUCAAGGUUUAAGCAGAGCCUGAGGACCGGGAACUCUUCCCUGAAAUCUGAUCAACCUGAAGCCAGUUGCGGAACUGCACAGGGUCCCCAUGGACCUCAAGGAGAGCCCCAGCGAGGGCAGCCUGCAGCCCUCUAGCAUUCAGAUCUUCGCCAACACUUCCACCCUGCACGGGAUCCGCCACAUCUUCGUGUACGGGCCACUGACUAUCCGGCGCGUGCUGUGGGCUGUGGCCUUCGUGGGCUCCCUGGGCCUGCUGCUGGUGGAGAGCUCAGAGAGGGUGUCCUACUACUUCUCCUACCAGCACGUCACUAAGGUGGAUGAGGUGGUGGCCCAAAGCCUUGUCUUCCCUGCGGUGACCCUCUGCAACCUCAAUGGUUUCCGGUUCUCCAGGCUCACCACCAACGACCUGUACCACGCUGGGGAGCUGCUGGCCCUGCUGGACGUCAACCUGCAGAUCCCGGACCCUCACCUGGCUGACCCCACAGUGCUGGAGGCCCUGAGGCAGAAGGCCAACUUCAAACACUACAAACCCAAGCAGUUCAGCAUGCUGGAGUUCUUGCAUCGCGUGGGCCACGACCUGAAGGAUAUGAUGCUCUACUGCAAGUUCAAAGGACAGGAAUGUGGCCACCAAGACUUCACCACAGUGAGUACUUCGCUUUCAGCUUCACUCCUGUGCUUGGCUUUCUUGAGAAGUGCUGCGCCGGUGGUCUCCUGCUGGGUUCAGGGUCUUCCUGUGCUUUGA